CCACUCACUCGUCGCUUAACGCAUUGCUGCACUGCAUCAGCCAUGCAGCCCACACCACCAGCACCACCAGCAGCGCAAGACCAGACUGCUGCUACGACGCAAUCACCACCCCUGCAAGACUGGUAUCCGCUGGAAUCGAGCCCCGAAGUGCUCACCUCACUUGCCAGGCACUGGGGCCUGCCAGACUCGUACGCGUUUGUCGACGUCCUCGGCCUCGACGACGACACGCUCGCGCUCACCCCGCGCCCCGUGCACGCCGUCGUCUUCCUCUUCCCCGACACGGACGGCAUCGUCGCCUGGCGCGCAAAGGAUGCAUACUUGUCCGCCGAGAUCGGCGCCGAGCCGCUCUGGAUCCCACAACGCGGUGUCGAGCUGAUGCUCACCUCACCCACAGGCCACAGCUGUGGCACUUUCGCCGUGCUGCAUGCACUCGCCGAGACGCGACUCGCAUCCGGGCUCGACGGCUUCUUUGCAGAGUGUCGGUCGCUCACGCCCGAGGGCCGAACGGCGCUCCUCGCCACCUCACCCCUCAUCAAGCCCGUCCACAACUCACUCGUGACUGCCGGCCAGACGAUCCUGCGCGAGUCCGACUGGGCAGACGCCGACCACUUCAUAUCGUUCAUCCGCCACGACGGGCGCGUCGUCGAGAUGGACGGCGCUCGGCCGCGUGUCGGUGGCGUGGACCGCGGCGCUGCGAGCGACGACCUGCUAACUGAUGUCGCAAAGAUUGUCAGAGAGCAAUACGUUCCGCUUGCCGCCGACAGUGUCCACCACUUUUCGCUCAUUGCCUUGGUCAGCAACUCAUAGCCUAUAGUCCGUCGUGCUUAAGUGCGCAGAAACCCAUAUGCAUCAGCGGUGCA